AAUAGCACACACUCCCGCCAAAACACACUGACACACACACUCAUGCCCCCACUGGCUCUGUCCAGUGACUCCAGUCCAGCUCUGACAAGUGAAAAAGAAGAGCCUAUUGUGGAUUUGGGAUUUGUACAGCCCUCUGUACUUAGUGGGAUAAGUUUAUUUUCCCAGAGCUAAGCUCUUGUCAGACUUGCAGAGACGAUGCCUUCCUUUUGCCUAGUCUCAAAAACCGCUCAGUGGAUUUGGUAGUUGCUCAGAUCAUUUUUUGCAAGUUAUUCCAACGGGAGGGAUAGAGAGACUGAGCCAGAGAAUGCUCCCACAGCUCAUAAGGAUUCUAUAUGUCUUGUCUUUUAGCUUUUUUCAUGGUGGCUUUAUCAGACUGGGCUCCUGUAAAGAGGAGAUAAAGUCCCCCAGUAGGACAGUCCCCUCCUCGCAGUCGCCGUCUGACUUCCUGGACAAGCUCAUGGGGAAAAGGUCUGGCUAUGACGCUCGCAUCAGACCCAACUUCAAAGGUCCGCCUGUGAAUGUCACCUGCAAUAUCUUCAUCAACAGCUUUGGGUCCAUCACAGAAACGACUAUGGACUACAGGCUCAAUGUGUUCCUACGGCAAAAAUGGAACGAUCCCCGAUUGGCUUACCAGGAGUACCCGGACAACUCCUUGGACCUGGAUCCCUCCAUGUUGGACUCCAUCUGGAAGCCUGACCUGUUCUUCGCUAACGAGAAGGGGGCUAACUUUCAUGAGGUCACCACUGACAACAAACUGCUGCGGAUAUUCCAAGAUGGGAGCGUACUAUAUAGCAUCAGGCUGACUCUCAUCCUGUCCUGCCCUAUGGACUUGAAGAAUUUCCCCAUGGAUAUUCAGACCUGUACCAUGCAGCUUGAAAGCUUUGGGUAUACCAUGAAUGAUCUGAUCUUCGAGUGGUUGGCAGAGAACCCGGUGCAGGUGGCUGAUGAUCUGACACUCCCUCAGUUCGUGCUGAAAGAUGAGCAGGAUCUGGGCUACUGUACCAAGCACUACAACACAGGUAAAUUCACCUGCAUCGAAGUUAAGUUCCACCUGGAGAGACAGAUGGGCUACUACCUGAUCCAGAUGUACAUCCCCAGCCUGCUCAUCGUCAUCCUGUCCUGGGUCUCCUUCUGGAUCAACAUGGAUGCUGCCCCGGCUAGAGUGGGCCUGGGCAUCACCACCGUGCUCACCAUGACCACCCAGAGCUCUGGGUCCCGGGCCUCUUUACCCAAGGUGUCCUACGUGAAGGCCAUUGACAUCUGGAUGGCCGUGUGCUUGCUGUUCGUGUUCGCUGCGCUGCUCGAGUAUGCAGCAGUCAACUUCGUCUCGCGGCAACACAAGGAGUUUAUCAGGCUGAGGAAGAAGCGGCGGCGGCAAAGAAUAGAAGAGGAACUGGUGAGAGACAGCCGUGGGUUUUACUUCCGCGGCUACGGACUGGGUCACUGCCUGCAGACCAAGGACGGAACGGCGGUGGAAGGGGCCACAAUCUUCGCCCCGCCGGUGUCCACCAUGUAUGAUGGAGAGGCGGUCCGCAAGUGCUUUGUGGACCGGGCCAAGCGCAUCGACACGAUAUCCCGCGCAGUCUUCCCUCUGAGCUUCCUCUUCUUCAACAUUUUCUACUGGAUUACCUACAAAGUGCUGCGACAUGAGGACAUCCACGCAAAUUUGUAAUACGCUCUCUGCUCUAUUCCCAACGACCUCUAAUUGUUACAUGCUACUUUUUUUUUCUUUUUUUUCAACCAAAACUGCCUAUCAGAUAUACAUUAAAAGUGUUUCAGGGGCAUAUGCUUCGCAACAGUUGCCAUUGAUGCUAAAAACUCUGUGCUCAGGUGCGUCUUCAGGAUUUCAGAGAGAGAGAGAGAGAGAAAGUGUGUAUGAAAAGAAAGUGAAGAUGUGAAUUUAAACUGGUGUUAGAGUGCUAUUUGUUAUUGCAUUCUCUUUUAUCUUAGUCAUCUUAUUUUGACUGGAUUACAGCAGAAACAUAAUAAUGCUAGUCUUUGAACUUCUGCCUGAACUCUGAACAAUGGCUAAAGGCAGAUACCACAAGGGAAUAUUAGUCAUGGCUGGAUGGAUACUACUGACUUGAAUACCAAUCAACGCAUCUUUGAAUGAAUGUAACAAAAAAAAAAAAAGGAAAAAAGGCUUUUUUUACAACUUUACAAUGCCAAACAAAUGGAUGUGAGGGAGGGAUUGGGGUCUUUGAUAUUUCUGGAUUUAAAUGAGGUGAUGAUGAUAUGUUGUUUUAACUACAUAUGACAAUAGAUUACAUACAGUGCAUUCGGAAAGCAUUCAGACCCCUUGAGUUUUUCCUAAUUUUGUUACGUUACAGCCUUAUUCUAAAAUGUAUUAAAUAGUUUUGUCCCUAAUCAAUCUACAAACA